AUGGUGCUAGCGGUGUCCAUGUCGAGGCCCGGUUGUCCCGAAAAGUGUGGAAAUGUUACAAUUCCCUAUCCUUUUGGGGUUGGUGUUGGAUGCUACGCAAAUUCCUCAUUUGCCGUUGUCUGUCGAAACACCACAAAUACUUACAGAACCUUUUUAAGGAGCAUCAACAUGGAAGUGCUAAAUAUUUCUGUGCUAGGUACUGUUAUUGUAAACCAUCCCGUGUCGCCCUUGAAUUGCUCGAGUGAGCCGAGAAUACAGAAUCUCACAACAUCACUCGUGGGAAGCCCGUUCACAAUCUCAAUGGACCACAAUUCAUUGGCUGUUUUGGGCUGCCAAACUUCGGUCUGGCUACGUGCUAAUGCGACUACCACAAUUGGUGGUUGUAUGGCCAUUUGUGAUCCAAAUUCGACCAGUGCAAGUUGCAAUGGCGUAAAUUGUUGUCAGACAACAAUUCCUGAUGGACUCCAGAGGCUUCAGUUUACUUACCAAAACAUGGGAUCUUCUAGCUCCCAUAAUAAUAGCUUUUGUGGAUACGUUUUGGCGGUCGAAAAGAAAUGGUUCCAAGAGGGUUAUAAAUGGUACAAUAGCCUCCAGGGCGGUCUGUCAAAUCCAUCUAACCAAGAAUUUGAGUCAGCGCCUCUUGUGCUUGACUGGGAAUUCAAAUUUGUUUUUCAUAGAAGUACACUCUGCUAUAAGGGUCGUUGCGCGAGAAGCUCCAACCAUUUAAAUUAUGAUGGAGACUAUUUAAAUUAUGGAGAAUAUUUAAAUUAUGAUGGAGACUAUUAUGAUAGAGACUGCUACUUUGCUAGGAGAAGCUACAAUAGUCAUAAGGAUAACUAUUUACCUUCAGGCCUGUAUUGCUACUGCAGGAAUGGGUAUCCAUAUUUUUCUGAAGGAUGUGUAGAUAUAGAUGAAUGCAAUGCAACUAAUAAUGCCUGCCAAUAUGCAAAUGGAACUUGUAUCAACGAGAUAGGAUCGUACAACUGCAUUUACGAAAUGAAGAACAUUAAAUCCCGACUCAAAAUUGCAUUCAUUAGUAUAGGCAGCGUGCUAGGUGCAUUAAUUUUUCUCGUUGCCCUUUGGAAGUCGGGAAAAGCUAUUCGAAAACUUAUCAAGGCCAGCCGUAGGUACAUGUUCUAUAAGCGUAAUGGCGGCUUGUUAUUGGAGCAACAGUUGUGUUUGAGUGAUAAAAGUGGAGUUGAUAGAACCAAGCUGUUCAGUGCCAAAGAGUUGGCUCAAGCUACCGACCGUUACAAUGAAAACCGUAUACUUGGCGGUGGUGGCCAAGGUACGGUUUACAAAGGAAUGUUGACAGAUGGAAGAAUUGUAGCAGUUAAGAAGUCGAAGAGGGUAGACGAAGAUGAUCUUGACGUGUUUAUUAAUGAGGUUGUCAUCUUAUCACAAAUAAACCAUCGAAACAUAGUCAAGCUACUUGGUUGUUGUCUGGAGACAGAAGUUCCUCUUCUUGUCUAUGAGUUUAUCCCGAAUGGCACACUUUUUCAACAUAUCCAUGACCCUAUUGAGGAAUUUCCAUUUUCUUGGGAAAUUCGUUUGAGGGUCGCCAGGGAAAUAGCAGGAGCACUUUCUUACUUGCACUCUGAUACAUCCCCGCCUAUUUAUCAUCGGGAUAUCAAGUCGACCAACAUACUAUUGGACGAUAAGUAUCGUGCCAAAGUGUCUGACUUUGGGACAUCAAGAUCAGUUGCCAUUGAUCAAACUCACUUGACGACACGGGUGUUGGGCACGUUUGGGUAUUUGGAUCCCGAGUAUUUCCAGUCGAGCCAAUUCACUGCAAAAAGUGAUGUGUAUAGUUUUGGUGUCGUGAUGGUUGAACUUUUGACGGGGGAGAAAGCAAUCUCAUCGGUUAGAGUUCGUGCAGAUGAGGGAAAAAGCUUAGCCACGCAUUUUUUGCAGACGAUGGAAGAGAACAGUUUAUUUGAGAUUCUUGAUCCUAGAGUUCUCAACGAGGGCAACAAGGAUGAAAUUAUGCUAGUUGCUCAACUUGCGAGAAGAUGUCUUCAUCUAAAUGGUAGAAGAAGGCCCACGAUGAAGGAAAUAGCGGUCGAGUUACAAGGAAUUCAAGCGCCUAAAGAAGGUCCAAUGUUUCCUCAAAAUGAAUUUGAGAUUCCCGAGUCUUACGACUUUUCUUCCUUCACAGAAAGUACGCGUAUUCUUGAGGGCAGCACACAGUGUUCACUAGUCGAUCAUCUUCCACUGCUAGAUGAACCAUAA